GGACUCUACAUUCCCCCGAAAACACCCAACCCGUUUCCUCCCGCUGGUUCCUUCUUCUUCUGUAAAAAAAAAAAAAAAAGAAAAAAAAGUGUUUUAUUUUUGGCCUGGAGACUUCUCUGUCACUGGAGUUUUCUUCUUCUGUGGUGUGUGUUUUUGGGACUGAACCAUGGAGCUGUCGGAUAUCUCUUUCCCCAUCCCCGCCGCCGAUGAUUUCUACGACGACCCCUGCUUCAACACCAGCGACAUGCACUUCUUCGAGGACCUGGACCCGCGGCUGGUCCAUGUGGGCCUGCUGAAGCCGGACGACUCCUCCUCUUCGCCCUCGCCCUCCCCUUCCUCCUCUUCCUCCUCCUCCCCGUCCUCCCUCCUGCACCUCCAUCACCACGCCGAGGCGGAGGACGACGAGCACGUCCGCGCGCCCAGCGGGCACCACCAGGCGGGCCGCUGCCUGCUCUGGGCCUGCAAGGCCUGCAAGCGGAAGACCACCAACGCGGACCGGCGGAAGGCGGCGACGCUGCGCGAGCGGAGGCGGCUCAGCAAGGUCAACGACGCGUUCGAGACCCUGAAGCGCUGCACGACGGCCAACCCCAACCAGCGGCUGCCCAAAGUGGAGAUCCUGCGCAACGCCAUCAGCUACAUCGAGUCCCUGCAGGCGCUGCUGCGCGGCGGCCAGGACGACGGCUUCUACCCGGUGCUGGAGCACUACAGCGGGGACUCAGACGCCUCCAGCCCCCGGUCCAACUGCUCCGACGGCAUGACGGAUUUUAACGGACCGACCUGUCAGUCAAACAGAAGAGGAAGUUAUGACAGCUCUUAUUUCUCCGAGACUCCAAACGGCGGUCUGAAAAGUGCCCGCAGCUCGGUGGUCUCCAGUCUGGACUGUCUGUCCAGCAUCGUGGAGCGGAUCUCCACCGACAACAGCAGCCUGCUGCCGGCCGCCGACGGCCCCGGGUCCCCACAGACAGACCCUGCCGGUGAGGCAGCGCCCCCGGGGCCCGUCCAGGUCCCCUCCCCGACUGCCAGCCAGGACCCCAACCUGAUCUAUCAAGUCCUAUAGACCUUCACACUUGGGACUUUGCCAUCCUGUCACACCGUCCAGUUAAAGGACACAACACACAGUUUAAUUUAAUGUUUAAGUUUUUUGGGCUGAACUGAGUCUUCACAACCUGUUUGCAUCUGCGUUUUAUAAUUCAGAGCCAAAGUUCACACCUGUUUUUAUGUCCUUAAGCUGAAAUGUAUGGAAGCUCAUUCCUGCCAAGAAAAUAAUUUAAUCAGAGAGCAAAAAAUAAUUGUGUUUGUUUUAAAAAAAAAAAGAAAAAAAAAAGCGAGGCCUGCUUACUCACUCAACAUGUCACACAGUUUUCAUCAGUGGACAGGGUUUAAUUUUUUUGUAUUUUUUAAUCAGAUUUUAUAGUAACCGAGCAAACUUUUUGUGCUGGUGAAGAUUGUGAGAUGUAGUCGAAAGAUCUGAAAGUUGGCCUUGAGGUAACAACAAACAAUUUGUUUUUUUUUUUAAUACCUAGUUCAGUCUUAAUUAAGAAAUUCUCAGUGUGUCAGCAACAAAUAAUAAUUACAAAAUAGACGGAAAAGUCAAAUAUUGACUCUUCAAAAAGUGCAUUUUGUUGACUUGACACGGGGACAUUUUUUUAAAAAAAUGAUAAUGAAAGUUAGAAAGUGGCUUGUUGAAGUUGAUUGUAUCAUUCCAAAGUUUCCCUACAUGAGAUUUAUUUUUUUGACAGGAAUGAUCUUCCAUACCUUGACCCCCAGAUUCUCUUUCUUGCUGUUAAAUGAAUAGAUUUUUAGAUUUAGACUUGGAUGCUGGGAUUUGUAGGUUUAAAAAAAAAAAAACAACAGGUUUCGGUUCAGCUCUUGCUGUAUUUUUAUUUUGCUUUAAGUUAUGAGAAAAUAUUCUAAAGGCUCAGCUGAGUCAUUCAGAUGGAUUUUUCUUCCUUUCUGUGUUAAAGUCUAUUUGAUGAAGGACGGAGGCCAAAAAAAACCCCCAAAAACAUCCAUUUACAUUCCUCCACUUUCGUCCAUCUGAAGUCGUAAAAAAGCCCCAGCUGUUCAACUGUUCAAAAAGAUCCAACUGCAAUAACCCUGUGAUGUUUUAGAAAGAUGUCAUACAAAACUGCAGAUUUCUCUCGAGGUAAUAAAUAACACAAACCAACAACAGACGCAAAUAAAACCGUGCGAAUGUGGUAGUGACUUGAAGUCGGUAUACAACUUCCUGUCACAGUCAAAAAAUUAAAAAUGUCGUUUUCAUUCACUGCAGCGGAGGACCAUUUUUCUGUUUCUGUACAUAUUAUGUAAAUAAGAGCUGAUUUGUUCCAACUGAAAGUAUUAAUUAUGUAUUUAAUGUUUCUGUCUGUAUGUGCUUUUGUUUGUUGUGAAAAUGUUAAACUUUAUAUUUAUACAUCUGAAAACUGAGUGACAGUUUAAUGACAAAUAAAUGAA